CUCCCAUGGAAAAAAUUUCCAUAGUUUCACUCUGUUUUGCAUGAGGAAGUACGGUUAUCUCUUGAAGCAGAAGGCAGCGCCCGUGAGACGCGAGCUGUGAAUAUGACAUGUGCUAAUGCAAGCACCCAAGAUAUGUCCUAACACACAUACUGCAAAGUUGCAGCACCACCCAUAUCUGUCUGUUGGAGCAAAAAUAGCAAAGAGUGGUGGCACCUUUAAGGACAUAGAAAGCUGCUAAGUCAGACCAUUGGCCCAUCAAACGCAGGCUUGACGACAUUGACUGGCCGUGGCUCUCCAGGGUUCUCUUCAGGAAUCUCUGCCUGGCCUAGAGAUGUCUGGGAUUGAACCUGGGACCUUCUGCAUGCAAACCAGGUUUACCCUUCCUUGACGCAGAGCCAGGAAAGUAAUCUUCCUGUCGUUAAGUGCAAUCAAAAACGAAACCAAGGCUGUUGCUUUGCAGAGAGAGAGAGAGAGGCAGCCAUGGCAGCUGAGCACCCUGAGAAGGACCUCUGCGAAGAAGUGACUUGUUCCAUCUGCCUGGAGUACUUCAGAGAUCCAGUGACCACAGACUGCGAUCACAAUUUCUGCCGAGGCUGCCUGAAGAGAUGCUGGGGGAGGGCGAAUGGCAGGCUGGCAUCUUGCCCUCAGUGCAGAGCGACGAUUAAGCAUAAGAAUCUCAGGCGAAACCAAAAACUGGCAAAUAUUGUUGAAAUAAUCAGGAAAAUCGAGGAGGAGAAAAAUGUUGAAGACAAGGCAGGAGUAUGUAGGGAGCCCAUGAAACUCUUUUGCAAGGAUGAUCAGGCCCUCAUCUGUGUUGUCUGCAACAGAUCCAAGGACCACAGAGAUCAUGAUGUUGUUCCUGUAGAAGAGGCAGCCCGGGAGUAUAAGGAAAAAAUCCAGGCCCAAAUGCAGCCCUUGCAGAAAAAGAGAGAGAAUAUUGUGCAACGGAAGCUGGUAGAAGAGCAGAAGAAGCAGAAAUGUUUGACACAGGUAGGAGCAGAGAAACACGGUGUCAGGUUUGCUUUUAAGCAAAUGCAGAAGUUUCUGAAGGAAAAUGAGCGCCGUUGGUUGGCCCAGCUAGAAGAUCUGCAGAGAGAGAUUGAGAAGAGAUGGAAAGACAAUGUCACCAGCCUCUCAGAGGAGUCUUCCUGUCUGGGUGGGCUGAUCGCAGAGAUGGAGGGGAAAUGUCAGCAGCCAGCUAGUGAAUUCCUACAGGACAUCAAAUGCACUUUGAGCAGGUGUCAGGAGGGGCAACUGAGGAAGGUGGUGGAAAUUUUUUCCGGGCCAGAGGAAGGACUCAGAAGCUACUCUCAGAAAAGCCUGGUUCUCAAAAAAGUCAUGGAAAAAUUUGAAGAGUCUUUGGAGGAAGCACUGAACAAAGGGCCGCUGAAGGAAACGCGGAGCAAAGUGAACGUGAUUCUGGAUCCUAACACGGCACAUCCUUUCAUCGUUCUCACUGAGGAUCUGACAAGCAUGAGAUGGGAAGACGGAUACCGGGUCCUGCCCGACAACAACCUAAGGAGAUUUGAUAGGGAAUUCUGUGUGCUGGGCUGUGAGAGCUUCACUUCAGGAAGCCAUUGGUGGGAGGUGGAGGUGGAAGAGGAGGACGGGGCAAUGUGGGCUUUAGGGGUUGCACGAGAGUCUGUCAGGAGGAAGGGAAUUUUCAGGUUUAGUCCGAAUGAAGGGAUCUGGGCUGUGGGGAGGAGAACGCAUGAUUCAUCCUGGCGUCAGAUAUAUGCUUUAACUUCCCCAGAGUGGACCCCUUUGGUCUUGAGCCAUAAGCUCAGGAAGAUCCAGGUGUCCCUGGACUAUGAAGAAGGCCAUGUAGAAUUUUUUGAUGCUGAUACAAACGAUUUGAUCUUCACUUUCUCUUCAGCCUCAUUCUCUGGAGAGACAAUCCGGCCCUUUUUCCAGGUGGUGUCAGGUGUCAGAAUGAAUUGCUGAAUCUUGAGGAGAAUCCUCAUCUACGCACCUCUCAGAACAGAGGUGACACCCAUUGGAAAUAUUGGGAUGCAACUCAGUUUGUAUUGAGAGGCUGGUGGGUUUGCAUGGGGAAGGGUGGGUAGAGUCUCUUUGCUUUGUAAACCACAGUUCUUCAACUUUGGGUCCCCAGAUGUAGUCAGACUACAACUCCCAUCAGCCCGAGCCAGCAUAAUCCAUGGCCAAGGAUAAUGGGAGUUGUAGUUCAACAUCUGAGGACCCACAGCUGAAGAACAAACACUGUCUUGGACUGUUUUUUGACCUAACAUCUGCUGAUCUUCCAUCAGGUGCUUGACUGAUACUCUUAGGGGUUGCUGACUUCAUUUCCUGCUAUUCCCUUCUUCAUUAUCCCACCUUGGGAGAAGAGAAUCUUUCCUUUAUCUCUGUCUCCUGAAGAGAUGAAAGUGCAAGCAUGUCUCUUUGCAUCUCCAGCUAUAGUUAGCUAGAACUAGGACCUUUCCUAUCUGUUAUUUCCUAUAAUAAAUGAAAGCUUUAUUGUUUUCUUAAAGCCAGAGUCUCAGUGUGAUUGUAUCCAGGAUAAAGUGUGCCUGCUAAAGUUCUCUACAGUGAGGUGGGGAACCUGGAGCCCUUCCAGAUGCAGUUGGAGUACAACUCCCAUCCUUGUAACACUGGCCAUUCAGGUUAGGGCUGAUGGGAGUGGGACCAACAUCUGGAAGGCCAUAGGUUCUCCUCCCCCCAGUUCUAUACCUUUCUCAGAACCAGACAAGAGGCUGCAGACUUUGGACCCCUCCAGAUCACCUGUUUAUUGAGCAUUUAUCUGCAUUUGCUUGUAUAAUGCUUAUAUGGAUUUUAUCCACUUUUUAUUUAUUCUUUCUGAUUUGUUUGUGUGGCAGCUAUACAACAAUAAACACCUGUUCUAUAUACAUCCUACAUUUAUGCACAUCUUGGUUGGAUGGGGAAGAAAAACCCUUGUUAAUUAAUUAUUGUAUUUUAACUGAUUAACUUGAUAUUUGUUUUAUUUUUGUACUUCAACCUUUUGUUAGUUGCUUUGUGACUUUCUGGCUGUUAAAAAUGAUGAAUGAGUGAAUAAUAAAUAAAUUAAA